AUGAAUGGCACUUCAUCCAUCCUCUUUGGAGGUUACGACAAUGAACUUAUUAAGAAUGACAAGGCUCUUUCUUGGGUGGAUCUAAAAAAUUCAAGUUAUUGGACUGUUGACAUUGACAAUUUCAAGUACGAUGGUACUGAGCUUAGUCUACGUACAUCUAGCGCAAGGAUUGACACAGGAAUAUCAUAUAUACUUCUGGAGUCAAGAGACUUUUCAAGCCUUUGGACUCAGUUUAAAAAAGGUAGAACAUGCGGCUAUAUAAGCGGAUCAACCCAACUAGCUUGCACCUGAGACUCUGUUAAGGAUUUCAAAGAUAUAAAGUUCAAGCUUGGAGACCACGAUAUGAAGAUAUCCUCAUCUGCCUACAUAAAAUUCUACAACAGUACUAGCUCAAACAAUACUUGUGCAUUCUUAAUUGGCUCGUAUUCAGGAAGCAGCGGCGGCAUAGUUUACCUAGGAUACACAUUCAUGAGAGAGUAUUACAUCUACCAUGAUGUUACCGCACAAAGAGUUGGCCUCUACAGGAAAGGCUCCUCAGGCCACCCAUCAGUUAUACUAACGAUCAUUACGUUGGUGGUGCUCAUAGUGAGCUUCUAAAAGAGGUCUAGACCCAAACCGUGUGCUAGUCUCUUCUAACCCUCCCUGGCCGUUCAUUCAUGACUGAAAGGAUGGCUUUGGGUAAAGAAAACCAGAAGAGAUCUUAGCAUAAAUACUAUUUCAUCAAUAACACCGUUUGA